AAUCGUAACGUUAAAACCAGAGAAUCCAUUAAAGUUAUAAUACGUUAGCUUCAAUUUCCUUUUCCUUCUCACCUUUCUGUUCCCACUCUCAACUCAAACCCCUCAUCAACCUUUUCCAUCCAAACACACAUAUCUUCUCUCUCUGUCUCUCUCUCUGCACAGUUUGAUACCUAGAACUUUCAAGUUAUGGCUUCCUCAUCUCCAUCUUCAAAUUAUAAUCAAGAAGUAGAAGGUGGACAUAUCAUUCCACUUGAUCAAAACAUUCUGCAGAAACAUGUAGCAUUCUUUGAUAGAAAUCAAGACGGCUUAGUUUAUCCUUUGGAAACUUUUCAAGGUUUUCGUGCCAUUGGAUUUGGUGUCUUUUUCUCCACCCUGAGUGCCUUCUUCAUCAACCUCAGUCUCAGCCAAAAAACCCGUCCCGGAAAAUUCCCUUCUUUGCUCUUUCCAAUUGAGAUUAAGAAUAUUCAAAGAGCCAAACAUGGGAGUGACUCUGGAACCUAUGACUCCGAAGGAAGGUUUGUUCCUUCGAAGUUUGAAGAGAUUUUCAGCAAGCAUGCUCUUACUUACCCCAGUGCUUUAACAUCGAAUGAACUAAUGAAAAUGCUGAAGGCAAACCGGGACCCCAAGAACUACAGAGGAUGGCUUGCUAGCUAUGUAGAAUGGAAGACCCUAUAUGUUCUCUGCAAGGACAAGAAUGGUUUACUACCGAAAGAAACAGUUAAAGGUGCUUAUGAUGGAAGCUUGUUUGAAAGGCUGGAGAAGGAAAGAUCAUCGACUAAAAAGAAAGCUGUUGUGUAAAUAAAUGCAUACUGGUAUGCUCGUCGGGUCUUCUAGCGAUUGCUGGGUGGAUGCUAUUGAUUCAAGAAUGUAGUUUGAAUUUGUGAUUGUUUCAAAUUGUGAAAGUGUUUGAUGAAUUAUCGAAUGGAAAUUUAGUUCGAUUUGGUUUAUGUUCUUUAAUAUGAUGCAAUAAGCCAAUAGCAUACUUAUUGUGUAUGCUAAAAGUAACAUGUUUAAGGAUGAUUUGAAUUACUGGGUGAGUAAUUAUGGUAUUAUAAUUUGUGGACAAUUUGGAGAAAAGUCAGAACAGAUGAAAGAAAGAGUUGGGAGUAUCUGUGCACAAGUUUUGGACAUUCCUGAAGACCUCCCAAGUACAAGCUCAGCAGUUCAAGUUGAAAAGGGUUUGAUAUUGUAAAAUUCAAAAUAACUUAAAAAUUUGUCUUCCUAAAUUGUUGUGUGCCAAUUCAUGGAUAUUCAUAGUAGUUAUCAGAUUAAUAUUGGUAAACUUUCUAGUCUAA